GAGGCAAUAAGGAAGUAACAGGACUUUGCUCCAAAAGCACCUUUUAUCGUGUGCAGGUCUCAUGAUGCGGCGGAAGUAUCAUUGUCUGGUUGUCACAAAGAACAGGCACUACAUGACAUCUGUAAGAAUUGAUCUGCUUCGAUAAAACUAUGGAAUGGGAAAAGGAUCUAAGGCGCAGCCUGUCUCUGAGGAGUCUGUCCUCACAGUCUGACAAGGCGAUCUGGACAGAUACAGGACUUCAGGACAGGGCCAUAUCUGUGUCCCAGUUAGUGGCCAGGUAUCAAACUACAGUGGCAAAAGGUACAACCAGUCAAGCCGCUCCAGAUAAUAAUGUUGAAGGAAAGAAGAAAGCAGGACUAAAAGAGCAGAUCCCUCCAUCUCCUCUGAAAAGCAGAGAGACUCAUCCGGACUCUCUUCUGAAGAAAAAUGAUGAACAGGAACAAGCUCGGACCAAAGUCAGUCUGACUCGCAGUAAAUCAGUGGGUAGCCUCCAAACUGGCAGCAGGUCCAUAGAGGCCCUGAAGGCUGUUUUCGAGACAAAGGCAACAGCAGAGUACAAACCGAAAAGCAGUUUUAGAGCUGGAAACCCAGCCUUGGAUCACAACGCGAAUAUUCCACUGGUGAAUGGAGAGGCUGAGGAAGUGCAGAUUCCUUGGAAGGAACAGAUGAAACCUGCUAAAAUGAAAUCUAAGAAGGAGCAAAAAGAUGAUUCUCCACCUCAAAAGGUGGUGAAUCAAACCAAGACAGAGAAAAGAAAAUCAGUGGCAGGCAUUGAUUUUGAAAGACUUGCAGCAUCUGAAGCUGAUGAAAAGAGGAAGUCAGCUGCAGACUCCAGAGACAACUCUUUCGUUCAAACCAAAGAAGUUCUGUCUGUCUCUGUCAAAGCUUUGUCUGCUCUCUAUAUGUCAAAAGUGGCAAAUCGGGAAGUGACAAUCAGUCCAAAAGUUGUAAAGGAUCAAGCUCAACCACGAAACUCUGGAAAGGUGGUUAAACCAACCAAGUUUCAACCAACGUCUCAAGAGUUGUGCUCAGCCUGUCAGAAGCCGGUUUACCAAAUGGAAAAAAUCACGGCAGACAAAUACAUUUUUCACAAAACAUGCUUCUGCUGCAAAAAGUGCAAGAAAAAAUUAAGCAUGCAAAAUUACACACCUUUGAACGGUGAAUUCUACUGCAUAUUUCACUACCAACAACUGUUCAAAGAAAAGGGAAAUUAUGACGAGGGCUUUGGACACACUCAGCACAAGAACAGAUGGUUGGUCAUGAAUACACCAAGUGGAGGGCAUGAUGAAUCUGAGGCAUAAAUGUGCAAUAUGAAACUGAUAAGUGACACUGACAACACAGAUAAUCCUAAUGAAGAUGUGUUCGAGGCAGCUUGUUCAACAAUGUGCAACUCUAAAAAUAACUCUACAAUCUUAAAAUGACACGCUAAUGAAUGUUAGACUAUAUCAUAAACUCCACAAAUAUUUCUUAAUGUGUUGCACUGUAUUCACACACAUUUUACUGUCUCUUUACCUGUGACUAUUAAAUUCAGCUUUAUUUUGCUUUUCUUUGUUAAAGGCAACUUAGAAAUACUUGACGAGAAACCAAUUUUUACUCUGUUUUCUUAUUACCAAAUGGUAACUAAAAAUUCUCAGACAAAUGUAUAAACAUUUCUUAAUUAUGAUUUUACUUUUAUGUAUGUUUUCUUUCUGUAAAUUUCUGAGAAAUUCACUGAAAAGUAAAGAUAUUUUUUGUCAUUUGAUUGUUUUUUUUCAUUGGGGUAAAUCAUUAUCACCUUUGUGCAAAGAGCAAAAAUCGACCAAAUAAAACCUGACUCCUGAUGGUUUCGGUUCAGAGACUUUCAUGAACGGCUGAGUGUAUUUAAGUUGUAUUUAUGCAGUGCUGUCACAAUUUAAAACCGGGUAUGUUACUUUGCUCCCACCGCUUUCAGGUUAAUUGUUCUAUCUAUCUUAAAACAAUGACUCAGCUGUUUUUUUACAACUUGUUCUUACCAGAUGUCACCCUGUCCAACCGUUCAGUUU